UAGACAUAAGUGGCUUCAAAAAUAAUAUUAGCAUUAAAAUGUAUAGACAUCCCUAUGCUACCAGUUCGCUGUUACGUUGCAAUACGCUUUUCGGUAACAAAGAUGACAAUGGCGCUAUUGAUAUGCGCAACGAAAGAACUGUAGAUAAGCAGCCAUACAUGACCUAUUUGAAGCGAUGGGACGAAUGUUUGGGCAUAUCGCGCAGCAUAGUCUCACGUUCAGCACGGAGACUUGAACCUGUUGAAAUACAAUUCCAAGCUAUAUCCGAACUUGUACAUUAUCACGCAUUGAAACAUCGCAGUAACCAUCGAAUAUCACCCCUAGAUCCACCUUUUCUUAGGACGCUAGGUACAGAGCUUGCUAAUGCAGUGCAGUCGCAAAUAGAUAACUAUGAAAGUUACCAAACCAAACCCAAAUCAUGGAUGGAUAGCAUAGUGCAAAUGUUGGAUACAAGUAGUACGUACAGCACAGCUAAAUUUGAGCGUGAGGUGUUCCAAUUGCUACUGGAGCAUUGGAAAAAGCAAGGUUACGUUAGAGACCAUGAUGCCGAUGCUAUAGAAGAGGAUAUAGCAAAUAUGGACGAUACCGAUAUUUCGUAUAUUAUGGCCCAAGAAGUAGAACGGCCCAAGUCAUUGUGGGAUGCGUUGCUCACCAACACGGAUAAGGGACAUACACAACCUGGUAUACAUCCACAACGGACGUUGGGUAUCGCAAGUCUCGAUGUGAUCAAUCGCAACCUCGAUAAAUACGGCGUAGCCGUAGUACGUAACGUCGUGGACGGCGAAAAUAUAGACGUUAUACGAAAAAUACUACAUCUCAACAGCUCCAUGGCCCGUGACGGCGCGUUUAAGAUAAUGAAUGAUGAUGCCAACGUACCGAUAGUAAAAGCCACUAGAGGUCGGAUACACUGUCUGCUGAAGGGGACCUCGUUCGACAAACAAAUCAACCCGUUGCAAAACUUUUGGAUGCCAUUGAUAUACUAUAUAUUCGGCAGCCAGUUCUACACGUCCAGCGUGAACUUAGUCUCUACAGAUGCAAUGAGCUUUGUGGAACCCUGGCAUCGCAACAACCGGCAUUUUGGAGUUACUGUGGUACUCGCACUCGAUUGUGUAGAGGAGAAUAACGGCCGGAUCCAAUUCCUACCCGGCACUCAUAAAACACAACCUGAAAUCAACCCAUAUAAAUUCGGCAAAGUUGGUGUUGAUUUGAAUAAGGGUGACGUACUUAUUUUCGACUCAAGAGUCCUACAUCGCAAUACUAUAAACGAGAGUAACAAGUGCUGCUCAUGCCUAGUGUUCUCCUAUGAUUACACAUCAACUCCGCCACCAGGUCAAGGUGCUAUACAGUUCAUGCUAGACAAGUGGCGCGGGGUAUUCAUUGACCUCGUGUCAAAGCCUCCUAGGCACACUGCAGCACACGGAUAGCACACACUUUAAUAUGAACGUUUU